AAGAGAUCUAAAAGCAGUCACGUAACAACCUAACACAACCAUGGGACUGUGGCUUUAGAUUUGUUAACAAAAUUAGAAUGCACAAUGCAGUUUUUCUUGAAAGAAUCUGCAGAAUAUAAUGGAGUACGGAAUUUAGACCUCCGAUGACUUUUAAAUGAGAAUUUGAUAUAUAAAGCUGAGAGAGUUUGCCAGAAGAAAAUACAAGAUGCGUUUGCUUUGGCUCUGUGUUUUAUUUUUACUGUCUUUUAUGAUACCUUCACAUACUUUACAUAUUUGGGACGCCCCUUCAAUUCUUUCUAGUUUGGUUCACAAUGGAUUUGAGUCAGAAAACCUAUUAGAAAAAAGAUUUUCAAGACAGAAGCGUGCUGUUGUUCUCCAAGAAUAUACAGUGGACAUUGAACUUAGUUUUCCAAAUGCCUCAUUGCUGAAUCAAGUCAGAGAUUUUAUAAGUCAACUACGCUAUCCCAUCCAGUUGAACACUUCAGACUCUGUUAAUAUAACCAGCGUCACUGUAACCACAGCAUGUACACAAACUGGCCCAGAUUUGCUAUGUAGCUGCGAAAGUGGAUAUAAAUGGCCGAGUGAAGUCUGCAAUACGUACAAUGCCUGCACCAAUUCAAGCGGGAGCUGUGGAUGUAUUUCCCAGCUGCCACCUCAGGGAUUAUAUUGUGAGCCUAAGGCUCAAACAUUUGUGAACAUAAAAAUGUCAAUCAAAAUUGAGGAGACUUUCACUUCAGACUUCACCAAUCCUUCGUCCAAAAAGUACACUGACUAUAAACAAGGCCUGGAAAAAGCAUUUAAUGAGAACUAUAAAUCAUUACCGGGUUUCCAGUCAGCAAUUGUUACAGGUUUCAGGCAAGGAAGUGUUGUAGCAGACUAUGUUGUAGUCACUGAACCAGCUAGCACUGCACAGAUUCAGACUGCAAACAAUGAGGUUAUUGCCAACCUUAAUAAAACUUUCAAAUUGAGUGAAUACCCCAUUCAAAACCAGAUUACUGGGUAUAAUAAUAUCACUGUUACCCCAAGCGUUAUCUAUACUGGAGAUAAUGUAUCAUUGAAAUGUGUACUGAACGUAUCGUCUGCUUCAGCUGCCUGGUAUAUAAAUGGCACUCAAAAGAUUUCAAACACUUCAAAAUAUUCCAUCAGUACGUUUUCUAAAGGUUCAGAAUCCACCUUAAAUAUAUACAACGUUGCUCCUGAAGAUCAAGGAUUCUACACUUGUAUGAUGGAACAGCUAUCAGACGUAUUUGUAGCUGACAAAGCUGUGCAAGUUUAUCCAUUGGUUAUGAAACAACUGAACACGGAAGUUGUCUGUGACAAAAAAGCAUAUGGCAUAGUUCGGUGUUGCACAGAGGGAAUAAACAGCACGUUCACACUCUUCUGCUCAAUCACAGGAAGCCCAGCUAUUACUGGUGUAUCAGAAAAAAAUGGGAACUGUGUCACCUAUUCAAUCAAUGCCUCUGCAGACCAAUGUACAGCACCUAUAACCGCAGGACCAAUAAUCUACAAAUAUACAUGUGAUUCUGGGGCAGGAGCAGUCCGAUCUAUAGAUGUGCAAGUGACAUUUAAACUAAUGCCACAAUUGGAAAUACUUCAGAAGAAUCUCAAUGUUUCAGACGGGAUGUCAAUAUCCCUAAAUUGCAUAAGUAAUACAAACAAUAACGAGGAUAUCAUUUGGGAAAUUACAAACGGCAAUACAAAAGCAGGAAUUGAUACCGCCUUCUACAAAAAAAUUGGAAAAAAUGAAUCUGUACUAACAAUUAAUAGAGCUACCAUCAGCUGGGAGGGUAUCUAUACAUGUAGAUUGAAAAACGACAAUGAAGUUGCAGCUAAUUCAUCGGUUAAAAUUUAUAGACUGAUUUCAAGUUCACAGAUUGUUGUGAGUCCAAGUAAAGGCACUUUUGCAUGUUCCGGUGAAUCGAGUCCACCAGUUCCGUUAGAAUGUUGUGUGGAUAAUAUUACUGACUACACCGCUGAAUUUUAUGUUAAUGGUGCAAAAAUAACAGCUGUUUCAAAGGGAAAAAAUUGCUUCAACACAUCACACCAACCAGACUGCAAGAGCGACUCGAUUACAGCUUAUUGUAAUAUUAGCAACCCAAUAAAUAACUUUGUAAGGAGUUCAGACAUGAUAAUCUCAUUGAUCCAAGAUCCCAAGUGCAGCAAUCCUCCAGGAAACGUAGAUAGCAUAAUCAAUGUCUCUUGCAGUUCCAUAAAUCCUUCUCAAACAGGAUAUAUAAUAUCUCAAUGCAUUGCAGGCAACUGGAAGACAAUAGACAUACGCUGCGUUUCGGCAGCCCUCAACAGUAUUAACAUUCAGAGUGAAACUUUGUCUGGCCCUUUGGCAGAUACUAGAGUCCCUACUAUUCUAAAUGAUCUUAAUGCUGCAUUGAAUAAUGAAAAGGGCGCUGUAUCAAAUUCAACUAAUAACUUAAAACUUGUUGUGAACAUACUCACAACAGUUGAAGGUGCAGCUACAGUUGUGAAGGAAGUAGUAAUGCAGAGCUUCCUUAAAACAGUCAACAUUGUUGUGGAUAAUUCCUCAAGAACUUCAUGGGAGCAAAAUGCAAAUAGGACUGCUGAAAGUUCCCGAUUGCUUCAAUCUAUUGAGAAAUUUGCAGAAAAACUUCAGAUAGUUAAUGGGUCUGUUAAUAUCGCCACUACCAAUGUCAUAUUAUCUGGUGUCACUAAAACAGAUUUAAUGGAUAGUUACAAAAAAACUUUCAGUUUUGCGCAGUCCAAUAUUUCAAUAUCAGCCAACGUUUCUAUUGGUAAUGAACAGCUGAAUGCUAUAGCUACAAAUUCAAGUAUUGUAUCGAUUGCAUAUGGUACACUAAAUGAUAUUUUAUCUAUAAGCAAUUCAAAUCAGUCUGGUCCAGUUGUGAAUGGUCUUCUCCUGACAACAAUAGUGAGCAAUACUGACCUAACCAACUUUAGAAGUGUAAUGGUAUUUAAGAAGAGCAAUUCAUCCUUAAAUAAAGGAGAUUGUGUGUUCUGGAAUUUUAAUCUCUCAGAUUGGGAUUCAGCUGGGUGCCGUGCUGAAGUAAGUCAGUUAUUUGUUACAUGCCACUGCACUCACUUGACUUCAUUUUCAAUUCUAAUGUCAAGGUUUGAAAUAAUAGACCCUUUCUUGGACCUCAUCACCUACAUUGGAGUAGGAAUUUCCAUGCUCUCCUUGGUUAUUUGCAUUAUUGUUGAGGCCACAGUAUGGAAGCUUGUGACCAAAAACAAAACCUCUUACAUGCGCCACAUAUGCUUGGUAAACAUUGCUGUUUCACUCCUGGUUGCUAAUAUUUGGUUUAUCGUUGGGUCAGGUGUUAGACCACAACCAUCUAAAGAAAAUCCUGCAGAAUAUGAAAAAAUAUCAGAUGCUUGUGUGGCUGCGACAUUUUUUUCUCACUUUUUCUACCUGUCUGUAUUUUUUUGGAUGCUUACCAUGGGACUUAUACUCUUCUACCGCCUUGUUUAUGUUUUGCAUGACAUGAGCAAGUCAACCAUGAUGGCUUUAUCAUUUGUUAUGGGCUAUGUCUGCCCCCUUAUUAUAGCUGUAAUCACAAUUGCAGUUACAAUUACCCAACCUAACAAACCUUACACAGCAAAAAGAUCCUGCUGGCUUAACAUAGAGGAAACCAAUGCAUUCAUUGCAUUCAUAGUGCCAGCGUUAGCCAUCGUACUUGUAAACUUUAUCAUUGUUAUCAUUGUCAUAGUAAAACUGCUGAGGCCAAAAGUUGGAGACAAGACGAAAAAAGAUGAGAAGGACACCUUAAUGCAGAUUAUGAAAAGUAUUGUGAUCUUAACACCACUCUUAGGACUUACAUGGGGGUUAGGAAUUGGAACAAUUGUAUCAGAUUCCCGAUGGUUCCAAGGAUUUUUCUCAGCAAUAAAUUCUCUUCAGGGGUUGUUUAUUUUGCUGUUUGGGUGUUUACUGGACAAGAAGGUGCGAGAGUCUUUACUCAAAACAUUCUCUUUCACAAGAUGGGCUUCACAGCAGACAAAGACUACAAAUGCAAGUUCUUCUACAGAUACUCCAUUUUCUAAAGGAGUCUUCAAUUUGUUUGGUAGAAAAGAUCAUUACAAGAAAAACAUAGAUGAGGGAAGAAUUAAUACAGGAGCAUACAAUAUUUCUUCUGCACAGAUGAGUUCUUCCAGCGAGCCGUCAUCAAAUUCAUAUUCUUUGCUCAACUAAUUCAAAAUAUGUAAAAUGUGUUUGACCAUGUAUACCACAUAUUUAUAGAUACUCUGAUGUAUUUUGUGACAGUUUAACUUAUAUGCACUUUAUUAUUUUAUGUAUCACAGAUUUUCUGUGCAGAGAUAAAUACCCUACAAAAUACCUAGGGAUACCUAGGCAUUACUUAUAAAUGUACAAUGGUGCAGUCACUUACAUACAGAUGUACAUUCAACAAAUAUCAAUUUCUCAGUGACAUAUAUAUAUAUAUAUAUAUAUAUAUAUGUAUAUAUAUAUAUAUAUAGGGGAAUCAAAAGGCAUAUUUUUAUUUUUUUCAUCAUUUUUACAAUGUCUUCAAAUGUGUUCUUGUGCUGAUUUUAUUUUCCUUUUUACCUUUAAUAUAAUAUGCUGUGCAUAAUGUUGUAGGGUAUUGCAGUGCCAUGACUUGGAUAUUUAAAUUAUUUCAGAAAGUCAAGAGCAUCAAUGUUAAGGGCAUGACCCUCAAUUCACCAUAUGCCCCCCUCCCCAAGUGACAAAUAGCGGUGACUAUCUAUCCUUCUAUUAUAGUCCGCCACUGAAAGUAAGACUCCAUAGAGGGAGGUGGGGGUUUUUUGUAGACCGGGUUGAAGAAGUUAUGUGACUGAUAUAAGCUGUUAAUAACUGCUAGUCUAGAUAGAGUUGACAACUGCCAAAUUGGCAGAUAUGACAUACAAUUUGAUAGGAGGACCAUUUCUCUGAACCUAGCACAAAA